AUGUGGCUUACCCCAUUCCUCCUCCCACUAGCGGCAGUGGCCUCGGCCCUCCCAUCCGCAUCGAAGUCCUCACAACCAACACCGUCUAUCACUCUCGGUUACACAACCGUCAUCCCGACAGCCGGAAGCUAUUCCCUAGGCUACUACAAAUACCAAAACAUCCGCUUCGCCGCCGUCCCAACCGGGGACCUCCGCUUUGCGAAACCGCAAUGGCCUCCUGUCGAAGAAGCUAUCAACGAUGGCACCCUAGCCGAUGCAGACGUCGACUGCGCGUCUACCGAGGACUGUUUAUACCUUGACAUCUGGGCACCAGCAAAUGCCCACGGAAAGAAGCUGCCGGUUAUGGUAUGGUCGUAUGGCGGAGGCUUCACCAGCGGCAGCAAAUCGGAUAACACACCUGAGGGCCUAUUCGCACUGAACAAGGAGUUUAUCUUCGUCGCGUAUAACUAUCGUCUCGGAAUUACAGGGAAUGCCAACGGUCCUCGCCUUCCUCACGAAGGCGGUACAUCAAACGUCGCUCUCUAUGACGCACAGCAUGCUUUCCAAUGGGUGCGGAAGUACAUCGGCGCGUUUGGCGGCGAUCCCAAUCGGAUUACCGCAGUGGGAUUCUCAGCCGGUGCAUCGCAGACGAUCUUCCAAAUGACCCGGUUCGCGGGACGCGCGGAGCAGUUGUAUAACCAGGCGUAUAUCAUGUCGCCGGGGUAUGUUCCAGGUGCUGGGCAUCAUCAGGCGGAGAUGUUUUGGCGGAAUGUUUCGACGGCUGUGGGGUGCGAUGGGGGGCAUUUGGAUUGUAUGCGGGGCGUGUGGUUUGAGGAGUUGGGUAGUGCUGCGAGUGAUGUCGUAGGGAAAUAUGAUUACCAAUUGCAGCCGAGGGUCGAUGGAGAUUUUGUCGGUGAUACGUAUGAGGCACAACUGUACCGCAACUGCUUCAACUUUACUGGUCCCCUCGUGAUCACGCACGAAAAGCAUGAAAACAACAGCCAAGCCUGGCCCGGCGUCAGCACCACUGCCGACAUCCCCAAGGAACUUCGCAGGUUUUUCCCAUCUAUUACCGAUGACGUCGUUGGCAGGUUACUAGAGCUGUAUCCGGAGUCCGACUACUCCAGCCCAGGACUGCGGUUCGCGGACAUGAAACAGUCGUUUGAUAUGACGGCGCACAAUUAUGCGUUGACGAGGGCGUUGGGAAACCAGACAUGGAAUGGGAUGGUUGACUUGGGGAAGGCGACGCAUGGGACAGAUCAGAGUUAUUACUGGUACAGCACAUACAGUCUUUCUGGCAACGGUACCACCAGCGGCUUUGGUAGUAGCAUGCCGAUUGAUACGAGUGUUGCGAGAAAAAUGCAAAAGUAUCUCCUAUCAUUCGUACACACCGGAAACCCUAACACCAUGUGGCCGAACGACAAGAUCUACUGGCCUAAAUACGGCAGCAACGCGACGCAGAUCGUAUUCAAUUCGACCAUUCACCUUGAGAAGGAUAACUUGGCGAAUGCGAAGAGUGAGCAUUGGAAUGAGGCGUUGUGGUAUUAG